AUGGCGAGCAAGGUGAUCCGAAGUCAAACGUUUACGGGCUCCAACAAUCCAGCCCGCCUAUUGUUGCGAUCCGCCAAUGUUAGAGUUUCGGGGACUCUGGCAGCAAAUUCCAAUAUCAACCGCAAACUCUUCAACACCUCCUCGAAGCUUCAAGCUGAGGCCCUUAGCGAGCAACAAAAGGCCAUCGUUAAAUCGACAGCGCCGGUUUUGCAGGAACAUGGCGUCGCAAUCACAAGUGUUUUCUACAAGAGGCUCUUGAGCAAUCACCCGACUCUCCGCAAUAUAUUCAACACUGCACACCAGGAGACCGGUGCUCAGCCAGCUGCUUUAGCACAUGCUGUUUGGGCCUAUGCCAACAACAUCGACAACCUAGGGGCGCUGGAAACUGCUGUUUCGAGAAUAGGGAAUAAACACGCCAGCCUAGAUAUCCAACCCGACCAAUACCCAAUCGUGGGCGAGGAAUUACUCACUUCGAUUAAACAGGUUCUUGGUGAAGCUGUGACCGAAGAGGUAAUCGACGCAUGGAAAGCGGCCUAUGGACAGCUUGCAGACAUCUUCAUCAAUUUCGAACAGGAUCUCUACAGACAAGCUGAAAACACAACCGGCGGAUGGAAUGGAUGGCGGACAUUCACCGUCGCAAAGAAGGUGCAGGAAAGUGAUGAGAUCAUCUCUUUCUACCUCGAACCUGCCGACAAAGAUCCUCUCCCUGGGUUCAAGUCGGGCCAAUAUGUCUCUGUAAGAGUUUUCCUACCGGAACUAGGGAUUUAUCAACCGCGACAGUACAGCUUAUCCGACGUUCCGGAUGGUAAACAUUUUCGGAUAUCUGUGAAGAAAGAGUCCGCUAGGGGACAGAUUCCAGCUGGCAGGAUCUCGAACGUGCUACACGAAGAUGUUCCCGAAGGAGCACAGCUCGAUGUUAGCAUGCCGCGCGGAGACUUCUUCCUGGAUAUCGACGCAGAGACACCUGUGGUCCUAAUCAGCGCCGGUGUGGGAAUCACGCCUAUGCUGUCCAUACUAGGUACAGUCAUAGGCCAGAGCACAACUCGCCCCGUCAGCUUUAUUCACGCUGUCCGCAGUGGACACGUCCAUGCCAUGAGGGACUAUCUCUCGCGCGUGAUGGGGAAAAACCCACAGGUUCAAAAGGCCGUGUUCUAUGAGCAAAUUGAUGAAUCGGAUAGAAAGGGGGUCGACUAUGACUUCGAGGGCAGGAUCGAGCUCGAUAAGAUCAAGGAUAUUGCCUUACUCCAUAACGCCCAAUACUAUCUUUGCGGGCCUAUCCCAUUUAUGCAGCUUCAGCAAAAGGCAUUGGAGGCAUUGGGCGUUCCGAAGGAGCGCAUUCAUUCCGAGGUCUUCGGGUCAGGUGUCGCAUGA